GCGAGACGUCAAUCUUCAUGGUGAUUCCCGCGCGGCUGUGUGCUCUCGUCCUUUUCCGUGCUUUUCCCAGUGAAAAUCCCACAGUUUCAGCAUGAUUUCUGUGGAGGACCUCUCCCGGGAGUUCGAUGAGUUGGGAAUUGAGCCGAACACAGAAGUUCUGUCCAAGUGUAAGUAGAUACAGAAGUGCUGUGCCGAAAGAGAGGUUAUGUUCACUGAGAAUCCUAUUCUCAGGCAUAGAAAUCGCCGGGGAACAUAAUCUUCAGGAUGCGGUGGAAUUUGUGGAGAUGUGGAUGGCCUUCAGUAUCUCGUGCCUUGGCGGCGCGGAGCCCACAGUGGCCACAUUGAUGGAAUUCGAGCGGAAGGAAAUAGUGAGCAAGAAAGUACUUCAAAAAGGAUCUUCCCGGAAUCAGAGCGACUCCACGACGCGUCCGGGUGGUGAUUUGUUGAAGAUCUACAGUGGUUCGACAGAGAAGCCCACAGAGAAGAUUCUGGACGCGUACUCAUGCUACAGUCCUCAGGUGGAGGCAAAAACACGCCCUGGAGGAGUUGAGGUCAACUUCAGUCCGGCCAGUUACUCACCUCUCACCUCGUCUAAGGAAAAAAGCAGCGAUGAGAAGUCAGGGAAGAUUGUAUACACUUUCGGAUCGGCUCAGCUCCUUCAGUCGCUUGUGUGGGAAUCCCAAGCGACUGGUGAAAAGAUCCUCGUCCAGCAGAUUCCGUUGAACAUUCAGGACCAGCUGCUAGAGCCUACAGAGCGAUACAUGUACGAUGGCAUAACGGAGAAGAGCUUAAUUGCAGGAGAGCGACUUGACGACAUCGCUUCUGGGAUCUGCAAUCGCGCUUUCACGGAGGACGCGGAAGAACCGGUGGCAACAGGGGACACUCCGUAUGAGGGCGAGGAGUAUGAGAAACUCUCUCAAGUGAAUUAUCACAGUCAGGCUGUUGUGCGAUGUGUUGGAAGAGUGUCUCACGACAACACUGCCAGUCGCUUGUCUGCCACAUCCAGCAUCCUCAUCGGCAACGCCAAGGACAAGAUGAGCUCUGUGACCCUCAAUUUCAAUCGCAUUCCCUCAGUGUCACUCUUCCCCGGUCAAAUAGUCCUGGCCAAAGGGAUGAAUCCCACGGGAAAGACACUUUUCCUGCAGCAGUUGUUCUCAGAGCGCUAUUGGGAUCCACCGCGCGCGCCCAGUCACCUCAAGACACCCCUGAAACUCCUCAUAGCUGCUGGACCGUUUGCGGAGAACAACGAUCUUGUGUGUGAGCCUCUUCAGGACCUCAUGACGCAGUGCAAGCAGCUGAAGCCCGACAUCUUAAUCCUCAUUGGGCCGUUUGUCGAUGUGAAGAAUUCCUGCAUUGCUGAUGGACUUCUGGCGGAGUCUUUUGACUCCUUCUUCCAGAAACUGAUCAACGGCGUGGUUUCUUCAAUUGGAGAUCACGUGGAAAUCUUAGUUGUGGCGUCUCAAAGAGACGCGCACAGUUCAAUGGUUUAUCCAACGCAUCCGUACAGCAUUCCCGGAAAACCAAAGAAUGUAACCUUCCUGCCUGAUCCCUGUUUCGUGGAGAUUUCCGGGGUGAAGUUCGGCAUCACAGCGACGGAUAUUGUCAAUCAUAUUGCAGAGGAAGAGUUCACUAAGAACGCUGCUAUGGAUAAAGUGAAGAGAAUUGUCGGGUAUUUGAUUAACCAGAAGUCCUUCUAUCCGCUCGAUCCGCCUGCUCAUGGAGUGAAUAUGGACUCCAGGCUCGCCCACAGAUUCGCCAGGAUCCGGAGUGUGCCCCACGUCUUCAUUCUGCCCAGCGAGAUGAAGUGCUUCGUGCGAGACGUCGGCGGAUGCCUGGCAAUCAACCCUGGCCGAGUCGUCGAGACCACGAGAGGAACCUUCGCUCGCCUGGUUGUGAGUCCGCCAUCGGACGGAGCGACUCCCAAGGAUUUCAUGGCAUGUCGCAUCAUGAGAGUUUAGCCAAAGUGUUCACUUUAUUCACGAGAAAUA